CCUCAAAUGCCAGAUAGUCCACAACUGUCCUGUCUUGGAAAAUCAGAUUCUUCUUUCUCUGAAAGCUCUGGACUAUUUUAUAAAGAUGAAGCCCUGGAGAAAGAUUUGAAUGAUAUGAGCAAGGAAAUUAAUCUAAUGUUGUCUACAUAUGCAAAGAUCUUAAGGCAAGUACUUAUAGUAUAUUCUCUUGAUUUUACACACAGAAGUUUUCUUCUGGAAACUCCGUAAUGGGAAGUUUAGUGCAGGGGCUACAAAACCUAUCUAGUAAUUAUAAUUUUGAAAUUUCUUAUUCUACCUCAGUUUCUUAUAAUAGAUUAGUUGUUUAUUUUCAAAGACUACCGUUUCUACUAAACAUCUUUUGAUACUCUCAGAGUUGAAACGAGGCUGGAUAUAUUUUAUUCUCUAUCAAUAGAUGAUAAAACACUUAAAUUUUUAUGAAAAAAUUUUCAGAAAGAUACCAUUUGGUGAAGUUAACCAUAAUAAUAGAGUGAUAUUAAAGAUAAAUAUAUUUAUGAAAUGUUUAAAUAUUAUCAAUAUAUAUUUGAAGGCUGAAUUUAAAUAUUCUAUUGACCUGAGACUAUCAUGUUUUAUAAGGUGUUUUUUAAAACUACUGGACAGUCACUGUAUUUGAAUAAUGGUUUGUGUGGCUGUUAAGAUAAUGUAUAUAGUUUAGUAUUAGAAUUAUAAUGUGUAAGAUACGCAUUCUGCUGUGUGAAGGGACUUUGAGUAGUCAAAAAUAUUUGUGGAACUAAUUUAACUUUUACUGAGCAGUGCUUGUAAAUUAAUGAAGCUUUUUGAUGUACAAAGCCAUUUAAAUGAAAUAGCUAACAAAUAUAGCAUAAUAGAACACGUCACUAUGAUAGUGUAUUUAGAUGUUAUGACUAUUUAGUUUAAUGUAAAACUUUUUUUCCCCAUUAGUGACAGAGCAGCAGUAGAUGCAUCUUAUAUUGACGAGAUAGAUGGACUCUUCAAAGAAGCCAAUACUAUUGAAAACUUUCUAAUACAGAAAAGAGAGCUCCUGAGACAGAGGUUUACGGUGAUUGCAAACACACUACACAGAUAAAAUUGUAUACUUAAAAUAAGCUGAGAAUUUAAGCCCAGUAUUGUUGUAAUGAAAGAAUGGCAUUUGUGCUCUGAAUGCUCUCCAGUUGUUAAGAAAAUGUAUACCUUAAAUAUAGAAGGGGAAACUCCUUAAAUUUCUUUUCUCGAUUUAAAAGGGGCAUUAAGCUGGACAUUAAUAUGAUACAUAGCUUUUCUUUUGAGAGUCAAAUAUUUGUCAUAUUUUAUAAAAGUGUAAACUAUUUAAAUUGUAUAUGGAGCCUCUUCUUUUUUUUUCUUAAACCUCCUAACCUUUCUUAAAUUUCUAAGACUCAGUGAGUUAAUUUGAUAAUAUUUAACAACAUUGCACUUUUUCUUUUAGAAUAUUUUGUUUAAAUAGCAGAUAGAUAGCUUUGGAGAUGGUUUUAAGAUGUUUUUCAUGGUCAGCAUUGAAAAAAAUUAAAACCCAAAAGUAAUUUGUCCAGUUUCUCAAUAUGUAGUUAAACUGUGCUAUUGCUAUUUAAUAUUACCAUUUGAUUAUUUUCACUAUUAUUAUUAUACAUUGCUAAUAAAAAUUUGGUUUAAAAUUAUUGUCUUGUGGUAAAAUAAAAACCAGAAAUUACUAACCAGAACUUUAUAUGAAUUGACUUUUUUACACAUCAGCCAUAUCAAUGGUACAGUUAAUGAAGUAUAUUUAGAAGCCUUAGCAGCUAGCUGUGUGGUAUGGGAUAAAGAUUAGUGGUCCAGAAGUAAAGAGAUUGUUUAAACAAUUCAAUCUCAGUGAGUCAUUUCAAUCCUAUUAUAAUUCAGAAAUUGAAUUCGGACUAGGAAAUCUCUAUUUAUCUAGCUGAAAAAAUUCUCCCUUUGUUGGAAGGUACUGCUAUGAUUUUAUUGAAAACUUUUAAUGUUAUAUAAUUACAUGUGAUAGCUAUAUUGAUCAGAUUUUUAAAAAUCACAGCACCAAUUGUUCAGUCAUACAGAUAAUUCGAUCUAUUAUUUGUAUAUUUUGCCUAUAUAAGCAAUUACAAAUUUGGACAUAUUUACAGGCAGUACUACAGGGAAUUUGGUAUUCCUCAGGUGGACAGCAUGUUUGCCUUGCUGCCUUCUAAAUGUUAAAAUCUCAUUUCAUCAAAUUACUAUUUUAAGUCAUAUAUACCACAUAUAAUAAAUAUUCAUACAAGAAAGCACUGAAAACAGUGAAAUAAAAGAAUAUUUACUAAAAGUAUUGGUUAUUAAGUGGAAAAAAUUACUUGGUUUGUAGAGGGAUAUGUUAACGUCCCAGGAUAGGUUGGAGGUCAAUGAAGAUUAGAAAUGGGAUUUUUAAAAUUUUUUAUUAAAAAAAAUUUUUUAAACAUCUUUAUUGGAGUAUAAUUGAUUUACAUUGUUGUAUUAAUUUCUGUUGUAUAACAAAGUGAAUCAUCUAUACAUAUACAUAUAUCCCCAUAUCCCCUACCUCUUGAGUCUCCCUCCCACUCUCUCUAUCCCACCCCUCUAGGUGGUCACAAAGUAUCCAGCUGAUCUCCCUGUGCUAUGCGGCUGCUUCCCACUAGCUAUCUGUUUUACAUUUGGUAGUGUAUAUUUGUCAAUGCCACUCUCUCACUUUGUCCCAGGUUACCCUUCCCCCUCCCCAUGUCCUCAAGUCCGUUCUCUACAUCUGUGUCUUUAUUCCUGUCCUGCCUCUAGGUUCUUCAGAACCAUUUUUUUGUUUUUUAGAUUCCAUGUAUAUGUGUUAGCAUACGGUAUUUGUUUUUCUCUUUCUGACUUACUUCACUCUGUAUAACAGAGUCUAGGUCCAUCCAUAGAAAUGGGAUUUUUAAAUACUGAGUGCAACAGGAAGACUGUCUCUGAGUUGAUAUGACAAAUCAGCUGGAUUUUGAGUUAUUCUGUUACCUGAGAGUUAUUUAAUGUAAAUACGAAGAUGACUCUGCUGGCCUAUCAUCAUUAAGAAAUGUUCUUGAGUUAUAUUUUUCCUAAGCAUUUGUUAUUAAUGUGAAAGAUAAGGCUAACAUUGUUUCAGAGUGGAUUUCGCAUUAUAUUUGUUAUAUCUUGAUAGUGUCACCAUUGUUCAGCAUCUGGUUCUUCCCUGUGUAGGUUAAAUUUGAUCAUUUCAUUGGGUGUGUAUAAGACUAGGGAACUGAUUUUUAGUCACAGUGUGUUUACUGGUCAGAACAUCUACCUCCGGGGAGAAAGUUCCUGAAAGCCUAAUUAAUGCUUAUUUUUUAAUCAAAUUGGAUGUCUUUGGUACCAUCCACAUGAGAAUAAUUAUCUCACAACUGGAAAUAUGCUAUUGCAGGAAUAUGUUUGCCCUUUGAUUUAUACUUAUCACUCAUUUCAAUAAGAUUUCAUAAAGUUUAAAUUAUUCUUCACUAAUUACAAAUCAAAAUAUAUUUUGAGUCUGUUUGUACAUCAUGAUCUGCUAGACACUGUGGGGAGUACAGAAUAGUUUAAGAUACUCUGUUCUCCCUUCUGACAAGUUUGACCACUCUUUUUUUUUUAACAUCUGUAUUGGAGCAUAAUUGCUUUAUGAUGGUGUGUUAGUUUCUGCUUUAUAACAAAGUGAAUCAGCUAUACAUAUACAUAUAUCCCCAUAUCUCCUGCCUCCUGCGUCUCCCUCCCACCCUCCCUAUCCCACCCAUCUAGGUAGUCACAAGGCGCCGAGCUGAUCUCCCUGUGUAAGCACUCUUUUCUUGAAAUACACUUACGUGUCUUUGCUAGGAAGACAUGAUAUGUCAAUGUUAAAAGUAUUUCUGUGGCACUAACUCCUUUUAGUGGAAGUUACUAGAAGGCUUUCGCAAGGGGGUCAGAUAGGUAGAUUUUUUUUUUUUUUUUUUUUUUUUUUUGCAGUACGCGGGCCUCUCACUGUUGUGCCCUCUCCCGUUGCGGAGCGCAGGCUCCGGACGCGCAGGCUCAGUGACCAUGGCUCACGGGCCUAGUUGCUCUGCGGCAUGUGGGAUCUUCCCGGACCGGGGCACGAACCCACCUCUCCUGCAUGGGCAGGCGGACUCUCAACCACUGCGCCACCAGGGAAGACCAGAUAGGUAGAUUUUUUUUUCUUUUUUGGUACGCGGGCCUCUCAGUGCCGUGGCCUCUCCCGUUGCGGAGCACAGGCCCCGGACGCGCAGGCCCAGCGGCCAUGGCCCACGGGCCCAGCCGCUCCGCGGCAUGCGGGAUCCUCCCGGACCGGGGCACGAACCCGCGUGCCCCGCAUCGGCAGGCGGACUGCCAACCACUGUGCCACCAGGGAGGCCCCAGAUAGGUAGAUUUUGAAAUGGGUUUUUGGAAAGGAAAGAGGGAGGAUAUUUCAGGCAGGGAAAAAUUUGAUCAGAGGCACAGAAGAAAAAAACGUGGUAAGUCAUUUUACUGGGCUGAGAAUUCACAAAGGGGAAUAGUGUAUCAUCUAAACUGCUAGAGAGCAGGACAGAAUCUGUUCUCAAUUUGUAGCACAGUAUUUGAUACAUUGGAGCUCAGAAAUGUUUGUUAAAUUAAUAAAUUAUUUAUGAUUAUUAGUUUUUUAAGGGUAUACCUUCACAGGGCUUUAGUCAUACUAGAUUGUUAGAGAAUGUUUUGCAAAUUAAGUGAAUAGAAAAGGAAAGGUGAGAUGCUAGAAAGGCAGAGAGACAAAGGAUGAAAGGCAGGUUGUGGCCAGAUUGUAAAGUCCUUUGUUGACAGAUUAAAUUUGGACUUUAUUCUGUAAAGGAAGAGGAGAUCUGAAUCAUUCAGAGGAGAGGAGUGGCGUAAUGAAAUUGAUCCCCUGGAUCAACUGAAUUGUAGUGUGAGGACAGAUUUGAAAGAGGAAAGUUUAGGGAGGGAGACCACUAUUGGUGGUCCAAUUUCAGUAUUUCUAACAGCAACUUACUAUAGAUAGGUUGUUGGGAUACUUGUUCUGGAAAUGAGACCAAGAGUGGUUGCAGGCAUUUUGAAGUCCUGCCCUUUAAUCCCCACCCCCUUCUAUUCUGUCAGUGAGCCAGGGAGAGCCCAGGAAGUGAGCGUUUCACUGCCAGUCAAUGUGAGGAUUUGGAAAUCACAGGAUCUGCUGCUACUGAACUCGAUACAAAGAUGUUUUUUCAAAUCUUUCUACGUUUCGUCAGCAAUCUUUCUACCAUUGUAACUGGUUUCCUUUCUGUGGUAGUACACUGGAUUCCAGUGUUGAAGAAGUACAUGGAAAAUACUCAUCAGAAAAAAGUGAUUUUCAGUAAGCGGAAGAGCCUUCCGUGUAUUGCACCACUUUUAACCACGGUGGAGGAGACUCCGCAGAUCAUCUCUGCUCGAGUCCGGGGACAUUUUCCUAAGUGGCUCAAUGGCCGUCUGCUUCGAAUUGGACCUGGGAAGUUCGAGUAUGGGAAGGAUAAGUACAAUCACUGGUUUGAUGGAAUGGCUUUACUUCACCAGUUCAGGGUGGAGAAGGGCACAGUGACAUACAGGAGCAAGUUUCUACAGAGUGAUACAUAUAAGGCCAACAGUGUUCAUGAUCGAAUUGUGAUCUCAGAAUUUGGCACAUUGGCUCUCCCUGAUCCAUGCAAGAAUGUUUUUGAACGUUUCAUGUCAAAAUUUGAACCGCCUGCAAUUACUGACAACACCAAUGUCAACUAUGUGCAGUACAAGGGUGAUUACUACAUUAGUACGGAAACCAACUUCAUGAAUAAAGUGGACAUUGAAACCCUGGAAAAAACAGAAAAGGUAGACUGGAGCAAAUUUAUUGCUGUGAAUGGAGCAACUGCACAUCCUCAUUAUGACAAAGAUGGAACAGCAUACAACAUGGGGAACUCCUAUGGGCAACAUGGUUCUUGCUAUAAUGUUAUUCGGGUUCCUCCGGAGAAAGUAGACCCUGGGGAGACAAUCCAUGGAGCCCAGGUGAUAUGUUCUAUUGCUUCUGCAGAGAGGAUGAAACCUUCUUACUACCACAGCUUUGGAAUGACAAGGAACUACAUUGUCUUCAUUGAACAGCCUCUAAAGAUGAAUCUGUGGAAAAUCAUCACUUCUAAAAUUCGGGGAAAGGCCUUUUCAGAUGGAAUAAGCUGGGAACCCCAGUAUAAUACAUGGUUUCAUGUGGUGGAUAAGCACACUGGUCAGCUUCUUCCAGGGAUGUACUACAGUAAACCUUUUGUUACUUUUCACCAAAUCAAUGCCUUUGAGGACCAGGACUGUGUCGUAAUUGAUUUGUGCUGUCAGGAUGAUGGAAGAAGCCUAGAAGUUUACCAACUACAGAAUCUUAGGAAAACUGGGAAAGAGCUUGAUCAGGUCUAUAAUUCAGUAGCCAGAUCUUUCCCUCGAAGGUUUGUUUUGCCCUUACAUGUCGGUUUGAAUGCCCCUGAGGGAAAGAACCUCAGCCCCUUGACCUAUUCUUCAGCCAGUGCUGUGAAACAGGCUGAUGGAAAGAUUUUGUGCUCUUAUGAAAAUCUAUAUCCUGAGGACCUAGAAGAGGAAGGAGGUGUUGAAUUUCCCCAGAUCAACUAUGGCCAAUUCAGUGGCAAAAAGUAUCAGUUCUUCUAUGGCUGUGGCUUUCGGCAUUUGGUGGGCGAUUCUCUGAUCAAGGUUGACGUGGUGAACAAGACACUGACGGUUUGGAGAGAAGAUGGCUUUUAUCCCUCAGAACCUGUUUUUGUUCCAGUACCAGGAGCCAAUGAAGAAGAUGGUGGGGUUAUUCUUUCUGUGGUGAUCACUCCCAACCAGAAUGAAAGAAAUUUUCUCCUAGUCUUGGAUGCCAAGAACUUUGAAGAACUGGGCCGAGCAGAGGUGCCUGUGCAAAUGCCUUACGGGUUCCAUGGCACCUUCGUGACCAUCUGAUGGAACAUCCACAAGGUCUGGGAACUAGGUUUUAAAUGAAUGUGCUCUGUACAAAAGAGAGAGCAAAGGUGCACCUUACCUUCCAAACCAUAGACACCUGGUUUUAAAAUUUCUAUUAAAAAUGGAAUUCAUGAGAUAAUUAUGGUUUUAUAUUUUCUUAGGGAUCUUCCUUGAAAACAUUAAGCAAGUGUUGAUACAACCUUUUGAAGAGAGUUUUAAAUUUAUAUUUACUGGAUAUAUCUUACAGGUAAUAAGAAUACAUGAAAGAAAAACUAGACCUGAUUAUCACCACCAGAUAAGUGGGUGACAGAGGUUCCCACACUUGGGAGAAGAAAUACAGAUAACCAUAGCUAGUAGAAUACGAAUAUAGGUCUGAAAAGCCCCUUGUUUUUUCCAUUACAGCCUGCCUGUUGCUACUGGUCCUAAGGUACUCACAGAGGCUGUCAUGCUUGGAGGCUCCUUCUAAACUGGCUAUUUCUCUGCUGUCCAGAGCAGACGCCACUGCAGUUGAACCACCAAGUACCACCUCCUACCCUGCCCCCAGCUCAGCCUUGGGAGGCUGUUGUUUUGAGGGAUGUUGUUAAAAUCAGGCAUUUUUUCCUAAUCUCCAGGUGUCUAGUUCUUCAGAGAACGAUGAAAAGUUGGUAGUUCUUACCAUUCAACCCAGCAAUUCCACUACUGGGCAUAUACCCUGAGAAAACCAUAAUUCAAAAAGAGUUGUGGGGCUUCCCUGGUGGCGCAGUGGUUGAGAGUCCGCCUGCCGAUGCCGGGGACACGGGUUCGUGCCCCGGUCUGGGAAGAUCCCACAUGCCGCGGAGUGGCUGGGCCCGUGAGCCAUGGCCGCUGAGCCUGCGCAUCCGGAGCCUGUGCUCCACAACGGGAGAGGGCACAGCAGUGAGAGGCCCGCGAACCACACACACACACAAAAAAAAGAGUUGUGUACCAAAAUGUUCAUUGCAGCUCUAUUUACAAUAGCCAGGACAUGGAAGCAACUUAACUGUCCAUGAACAGAUGAAUGGAUAAAGAAGAUGUGGCACACAUAUACAAUGGAAUGUUACUCAGCCAUAAAAAGAAACGAAAUUGAGUUAUUUGUAGUGAGGUGGAUGGACCUAGAGUCUGUCAUACAGAGUGAAGUAAGUCAGAAAGAGAAAAACAAAUACUGUAUGCUAAUAUAUAUAUAUAUAUAUAUA